GGAACAAUGGAGCCGGGGAGGACUUGAGGGGCGCCGCUGCCCCAUAAGUGUGGGGCAGGAGGAGGAAAGGGGGGGGGAAGGGAGUGGUGUGACGUCACGAUGACGUCACGCACGACGUCAUCGCAGGAGCCGAGUCUGGAGGAGCGAACGGAGCGGCUGUUGCGGAGGAGUUUCUCCCUUCUCGGCUCCGCCCCCUGUCUGCCAUCUUGGAGGUCACGUGAUCAGGACGAGGCUGUGCGGGCGCCGCCAUCUUGGACAGAGCCUUCGACGUGGUGGCGGCCAUCUUGGAGGUCACGUGACCCCCGUCUAGGUCAAGACUCAGCCGGGAGCUGCUCCCAUCAUCCUUUGCGCCAGGGAUUGGACCAAGAGGAGCCAAACUCCCAUGAUGCUUUGUGCCGGCGGCCAUCUUGGACGUCACGUGAUCCUCACGGAGGCCUAGAGCCCAACAGGAGCCGUUCCCAUGAGCCUUUGCACCAGGAGACGCCAUUAUUGGAGCCAAACUCCCAUGAUCCUUUGCGCCAGCGGCCAUCUUGGAGGUCACGUGACCCCCUGGGUGCCACCAGGAGCCGCUCCCAUGAUCCUUUGCGCCCCAAGAAGGAGCAAGAGGAGCCGAACUCCCAUGAUGCUUUGCGCCGGCGGCCAUCUUGGACGUCACAUGACUCUCAUGGAGGUCAAGACUCAGCCAGGAUCGACUCCCAUGAUCCUUUGCGCCUGGAGACGCCGUUAUUGGAGCCGAACUCCCAUGAUGCUUUGCGCCGGCGGCCAUCCAGGAGGUCACGUGACCCCCUGGGUGCCACCAGGAGCCGCUCCCAUGAUCCUUUGCGCCCCAAGAAGGAGCAAGAGGAGCCGAACUCCCAUGAUGCUUUGUGCCGGUGGCCAUCUUGGAGGUCACGUGACCCUCAAGGAGGUCUAGAGCCCAACAGGAGCCGCUCCCAUGAUCCUUUGCGCCCCAGGAAGGAGCCAAACUCCCAUGAUGCUUUGCGCCAGCGGCCAUCUUGGACGUCACGUGACCCUCAUGGAGGUCAAGACUCAGCCAGGAUCGGCUCCCAUGAUCCUCUGCGCCAAGGAUUGGACCAAGAGGAGCCAAACUCCCAUGAUCCUUUGCCCCAGCGGCCAUCCUGGAGGUCACGUGACCCUCAUGGAGGUCGAGACUCAGCCAGGAUCGACUCCCAUGAUCCUUUGCGCCCGGAGACACCAUUAUUGGAGCCGAACUCCCAUGAUCCUUUGUGCCAGCGGCCAUCCAGGAGGUCACGUGACCCCCCGGGCGCCACCAGGAUCGACUCCCAUGAUCCUUUGCGCCCCAGGAAGGAGCAAGAGGAGCCAAACUCCCAUGAUGCCUUGCGCCAGCGGCCAUCUUGGACGUCACAUGACCCUCACGGAGGCCUAGAGCCUAACAGGAGCUGCUCCCAUGAUCCUCUGCGCCAGGAGACGCCAUUAUUGGAGCCAAACUCCCAUGAUCCUUUGUGCCAGUGGCCAUCUUGGAGGUCACGUGACUCCGGACCAGGAGCAGCAACACAACCACUGACCGAUCCCCUCCUGCAGCUGCUGCUCCGGCGCCGACGGACGCUUCAGGGGCUCUUGGGGUAUGUUGGCACCCCCCCCGCCGCCAUCUUGGGCUCCCCUUGCCCUUGGGACUACAACUCCCAUCAUGCUUUGCGCCCCAUAGGCCCCGUUAGACCCCAUUAUUGGAACUACAGCUCCCAUGAUGCUUUGCGCCCAAUAGAGAUGCAUUAGAUUCAGGCCUACAGCUCCCAUGAUGCUUUGCGCCCCAUAGGGACACAUUAGAUUCAGGCCUACAGCUCCCAUGAUGCUUUGCGCCCCAUAGGGACACAUUAGGUCCAGGCCUACAGCUCCCAUGAUGCUUUGCGCCCCAUAGGGCUGCAUUAGAUCCAGGCCUACAGCUCCCAUGAUGCUUUGCGCCCCGUAGGGCUGCAUUAGAUCCAGGCCUACAGCUCCCAUGAUGCAUAGAGACACAUUAGGUCCAGGCCUACAGCUCCCAUGAUGCUUUGCGCCCCAUAGAAACACAUUAGAUCCAGGACUGCAGCUCCCGUGAUGCUUUGCGCCCCAUAGGGACACAUUAGAUCCAGGCCUACAGCUCCCAUGAUGCUUUGCGCCCCAUAGGGACACAUUAGAUCCAGGCCUACAGCUCCCAUGAUGCUUUGAGCCCCUUUAGACCCCCCAUUUCCCUGUACUACACCUCCCAUCAUGCUUUGCUCCCCUUUUCCCCUCUCUC